AUGGGUCAUCAAAUCGUCUUCGGCGGCUGUCACCUGGCAGAGCGGAAAAACAGUGACUUUGCGGCUCUCUGGCGACUAUCACCCGAUGGAGAGGAGCUGGAUGGAGGUGGGGCGCAUGUUAGGGAGCUUCAUCCUCAAGUUUGUGCAGAAAAAGGAGGCUCUUCAUUGCAUCUAGUACGCUUUCAAGAGGUGGCGACUUGUCUCUCAAUAGAUCAUUCUCUUCUCGACAACGGCUUGUUCGUCGAUCAAUUGAAGAUGAUUUACUCAAUGGAUUCGCGAUCCUUUUAUCGCGAAUCCUUCGAUAAUUUUAGUAACAACGCUCCACAAAUCACGUUGCGAGAUUUUUGCUGAUGAUUCAGCAAUUCUAGUUGCUUAAUCCUUCACCAGCAAUCUGCAAGAAACUUGCGAUAAUCAGAUAAAAAUAUGAAUUUUGGCUCUAGGAGGAUUCGAACCCACAUCGGUUGCCUACCUCUUCUAAGGAAGGUGACGGGUUUAGUCCCGCAUCAAUUGUGUGCCAAAUUUUUGGACGAAUAUAUAGUAAUGUUAUAUUUCUAAGCAAGUCCCUUUCUCACACGUGUAUGACCACACCUUGCCCCACAGUCGGCUGGCUACCGGUGACAUGGAAGGAGAGUGGCACACACGUGCCUCUAUCGGUCCAAGCCGCUCAAGCAUCUGCUCGCAGCGAUUCCUUGACUACACUUUCGACCUACUUGCAAGCCCGAUUGGCCAGCAAGUUCCCCCCAUUUUGCUAUAUUUUAAUUUUUAUUUCUUUUCUUUCAUUUAUCUUAAAAGUAAGACUAUAAAAAUCAUAUAAAAACUCAUAAUUACCUAAAAAAUUAUGUUAAUCAACUAAAAACUACUUUUCACACUUUAACACAAAUAUAAGUCUAUUUAUCAUGAGUUAAGACUAAAACUAUAUUAUUUACUAAUUAUUAACUCAUGAUAAAAAAGACUUAUCACACCCCCUAAUUUAAAUCAUUGCUAGUACCUUAGCAAUUAAAUUAUGAAAAUAAAAAUUUACAAAUCUCAAACAUCAUAUUUUAAUAUAUAAAAAAAAAUACAAUUAAAAAUGAUGCACCUUUAGACACUUUGGACUCUUAUAUCAAGUAUUUAAGAAUGAUGCCAAGCACUUAAAUGUUUAAACACUCCUUAGAAUAACAAUCUAGACUUCACUUCUUCUAUUCACAUCUUUAUCACUUCUUUACUCAUAGAUGCAUUUACAAGAUGUUCUAAUUAUCAAUACUCAUCCAAAAAUAAUCUUGAUCCUACAUUUCUCUUUUUCUAUAGCUUGAUUUUUGAAGUUUGUACUAUAUUUCUUCCUUCUUUUUUUUUUCUUUUUUUUAUAUAUAUAGUGGAUAAGUAGCUUUUCCUGUAGACAAAUUUUGACAAUAAGAAUGAUAUCUCAAACCUUCCAUGUGUACUCUUCAUUUUCAGGGCUUUCACUUUAUUCACUUAUUUUGCAGCAAGUGUUUUUCUAUACACAAUUUUCGACAAUGAGAAUGAUGUCUUACACCCUCUAUGUGUACUCUUCGUUUUUAGAUUUUUCACAUUGCUCUUUCUUUUUUUUGAAAUAAGUGAUUUCUCCUCAUAGGUCCUACAAAUCAGAGUGCAAAAAUCUCUAUUAAACUCAAAUGAUCAAUUAAAUUUUCACAUUGAGUAAAUACUAUCCAUCAAGAUCAUGAAGUGAAAAUCUGUAAAAUCAAAUCCAUGUUAUCUAUCAUGUAUCCAAGGAGUAUUCCAACAUUUCAUGCUACUAGAUCAUUCUUUUGACUCAAUAAUAAUCUUCUUAGUAUCUUUUGGUAUCAAUCAAUCUAAUUGAUUUAAUUUUACAUGUAUGCAAUAUGAUGUAAGAAAUUUGUAAAUUAGAUAGUUCUCACAGUUCUAUUUUCUAUUUUCAAUUCUAUUUUUAGUAACAAUAAAUUUGUCAAAAAUAAAUUAAAUUUAUCUUCUUUAUAGCUGUAAUUUCGAAUUUUAGUAAUAUAUGUCUAGGGGAUUGAAAUGUGAGAAAAGGGUCUCUAGAAUUUCAAAUUUUGGGCUGUUUUUUGUCUACUAUUUUUGACAGUAUGUUGUUCCUAAUAGAAAACCAAAAAAUAGAUGUUGCAGUUUUUCUAAAUUUUAUUUUAUUUUAUUUUAUUUCAGUUGUUGUUCUAAUGCAAACAUAUGUUCUUAAUCGUCCUACAGCAUAAAUUAAUCAUGAAUAAUUCACCCCCCAACUUAAAAAUGACAUUGUCCUCAAUUACACAGAAAAAUCAAAACAAAAUAUGCAGAAAAUAUAAUUUUCAAGUGAAGCAUGCAUAUAUAUAAAGUUAAAUAUUAAAUCAAAAUAGAAUAUACAGAAAAUAUUAAUUUUCAAGUGAAGCAUACUACUAUCAUUCUGUUGACUAAAUAAUAAUCUUCCUAGUAUCUUUUGGUAUCAAUCAAUCUAAUUGAUUUAAUUUUUCAUGCAUGCAAUAUGAUGUAAGAAAUUUCCAAAUUAGAUAGUUCAGACAGUUCUGUUUUCUGUUUUCAAUUCUAUUUUUAGUAACAAUAAAUAUGUCAAAAAUAAAUCAAAACUAUCCUCUUUAUAAUUGUAAUUUCAAAUUUCAAUAAUAUAUGUCUAGUGAAUUUAAAUGUGAGAAAAGGGUUUCUAGAAUUUCAAAAUUUAGGUUGUUUUUUAUCUAUUGCUUUUGACAGUCUGUCGUUCCUAAUAGAAAACCAGAAAAUAGAUGUUGUAGUUUUUUUAAAUUUUUAUUUUAUUUUUUAUUUCUUUCAAUUGUUGUUCUAAUGCAAACACAUGUUCUUAAUCGUCCUACAGCAUAAAUUAAUAAUGAAUACUUCACCCCCCAACUUAAAAAGGACAUUGUCCUCAAUGACACAGAAAAAUGAAAAUAGAAUAUGUAGAAAAUAUAAUUUUCAAGUGAAGUAUGCAUAUGUAAAGUUAAGCAUUAAAAAUAUUGUCAUAUAUGAUAAAGCUCAAAAAGACAUCACCUCAACCUUGUUUUUAAUUUUCCACUUCGUCUUACACUCCUCCUCUUAUACUUUUUCAAAAAAAAAAAAUACAGAAAUAAGUACUAUGAAAUUCUAAGAAAAAUAGAGCUUAAAAAAAAUCAAACAAAAUGAAAUAAAAACCAUGGGUUGCCUCCCAUGCAGCACUGAAUUUAAUGUCUUUAGCUAGACAGCUCUUAGAUCAUAUAAGAUGAUCUAUGGUCAUCAAAAUAUAUUUGUAUCCCAAGGUAAGUUUCAUAAUAUUCUUUUUCAGAUUUAGCAUAAAUUCAUAUACUUCAUAUAUAUACCUUGACAUACUUUCGGCCAAAACAAAAUGGAAAUUAACAAAAUUUUCCCAAAAAUAAUAUUUCUAUUUUGAAAAGAAUCUUUCCUCAUUUCUAUCUUGUUUUGUAAGGCUCUCAUUCAUUAAUAAAUACUUUCUAUUUAUAGACCAUAAAAUGUGAUCAGACCAUAUAUUUUUCAAAUUAGCUCUUACCUAAUUUAGAAUUUUUUCAUCUAAAUUGAUAUCUCUAAUUCUUCCACUCACCCAUUUAUUAAUGUAUUCUUUUAUCUGCAUAAUCUUCCCCUGCUCCAUUUUAUCUUCCAUACAUAUUUGUUCAAUUUGUGAGAAGUGAAAUAUUUCAAGCUUAGAAAUAAUUCUAAUGGGCUGUGUGGGUUUUGAAGGAUGGAAGGAUUGUCUUCUUUAAUCUUAGAUCUAUCAGUAAAAUUUAAAUUUUCUCCUCCAAAAUUAUCUCUAUAUUCAUAUUCAUUAUUUUUGUUUCUCCCCAUUAGUUGAAUCAACUCUUUUUCUAGCUUUUUGUUUCUUAAUGCAUCAAAUUCUUCAUCUUCCCAAGAGCUAUCUUUUAAUUUCGGUAUAUGAUAUACAUCAUCAUCCUCACUAUCAACAUCUAUGGCUGCAAAAUUAUGAUUAGAUUUAUUAAUUUUGUCUCCUACAUCUCCUAAAUCAACUAAUUUUUCUUCACCUGAAAUAUGUUUUUCUUCAUUUCUGUCCUUACUCUCUUCUACUAAAAUUUGGAUGAUUUUUCCAUGAUUAGUUGUUGUUUCUUCAUCUAAGGGCUCUUUCUCCUUAUCAUCCUCACUAUAUUCAUUCAUCAAUUGUGAGCAAUAAAUAAUUUUAUUCAAAUUUUCUGCUACUAUAUUUUUGGCCUUAAUAUUCUCAUUUACUUCUAAUAGAUCAUUGAUUUCUUCUAAUAGUUAGAAAUAAAAUAUUCUCACUCAAUGUAUUCACUAUCCUAACAUUUUCAUUUCGUGGGUUUUUUCUUAGAUUCAUGUUACUAGACUCCCUUUGAUGAAAUCCUAUUAUUGGGCAGUUCCCUAGAUUUUCUAUGGGCUGAUUAGGUAGCCAUCCCUCUUCUCUCUUAUUCCCAAGAGCCUCUAUAAUUUAUUUCUAGUGCAGCAUCAUUUGAUUCAUAGUUUGUUGCAUCAUUUGGUUCAUUUGCUACAUCAUUUUCAUAGUAUCAAGUUGGGUUUGAGAGGGCUGAUUUUUCUAAAAUCUGUGUUCCUAUUUUAGACGAAAUUCAAAUUUAGAAUUGGAUCUAAGUACUUUUAGAUUUUGAAUAUUAUUUGGGUUUCUCUAUGAAAAAUUAUUCCCCCAAUUAAGAUUAUAAGAAUUAGAAAAAUAUUCUUUAUUUUUACUAAAAUCGUGAGAUACCUACACUUGUUCUUACUUAGGAUGAUAUUGAAAUUCGAAAUGAUUAUUCUCACCAUACAUAGGACAUACUAUUUGAAUUAAAUUGAGGGUUAAAAGGCUUUCUAAUAAGUAAAUUAAGUUUUUCCAAUCUUUGAUUAAUUUGAUUAACUGCAUUUCUAAAUUUAGAAUCAUCAUCAUGAUGCAAUUCAUAAAUUCCUCUCUUCUUAUCUCUGUCACAUAAUUCAAAAGAGGCGAUCUCUAAAUUUUUUAUUUAAAUUCUCAUAAAGAUUGUAAAUCUCAUUAGAGAUUUUCUCCAUAAAAGCUCCUCCACAUAUAAAAUUAACCAUAUUUCUAUGUUUUUCUAAUAAUCUAUCAUAAAAAAUUCUAUUGAGCUACUACUUAGGUAUAGCAUGAUGAGGAUACUUUCUAAGUAAAUCUUUGAAUGUUUUUUAUGUCUCAUGUAAAAUUUCUCCUGGUCUUUGAGAAAAAUUUAAUAUUUACUUUCUCAUAUUUUGAGUUUUUUCUGAGGGAUAAAAUUUUCGAAGAAAGACCUAUUCUAUGUUUUUCUAGCUAGUUAAUUCUCUAUCUAAUGUGGAUAGCCAAUGGCUAGCUUUGUCUCUAAGUGUAUGAGGAAAUAGUUUCAUCUUAAUAAUUUUCAGUGUAACUUGAGGGAGAUUAACUAAAUCAUAGAUCAUAUGAAAUUUUUGAAGUACUAAUGAGGUUCCUCUAAAGGCAAUCCAUGAAAAUUAGGAAGCAUUUGAAAAUUUUCUAGGUUUAUUUCGAAUUUAAUAAUGGGUGCUAAUGAGACUUUAAUAUUGGAUGCUCUUUAAAAUGAAUAAAGGGAUAUAAUGAUUUUUCAUGGCCAUAGGAUUACUCUUAGUUUGAACUGUACUUCCUUCAGGAUCCAUCAAAAUUAAUUUUUCUUUUGAAUUUUUAGUUUUGAAUGAAAUAAUGAAAGGAUUUUUUAGCCUUAGAUGUAAGGAUCUUCUACCAUGCAUAAAAAAUCAAUAAAUUCGAGCAAAAAUUUUAGUAAUUGUUACCCUCCUUUAGUAUGCUCCAGUCCUUGCCUUGCUUCUUUUUGUUCCCUUUUUCUAAAAAAAUAAUUUAACAAGAAAAACAUAAAACAAGAGUUAAAUUUUUUGUGUACUCUAAGAGAAAAAUAGAAAAAUACUAAAUAUUAUAUAACACAUCCCCAACAACGGCACCAAAAUUUGACAUGACUUAGUCAUUGUAUAUUAAAUCAUGUAAAUCUAAAAUUUAUAAAAUUAGAAAAUAUAAUUUUUUAAAUAUUUAGAAAUAUUUUUGAACAAAUAUAUCAAUUAUAAUUCAAUAAUACUUCCAAAAAAUAGCAAUAAUUAUUUAAGUCAAUCACAAGGAUGUAAUAUAAUAUCUAGUAAUUAUUCAGAAUUUUCUUCAAAGAAUACUAUUUUCUAUGAAUUUUAUACUAGGAAAUAAAAAGGAAAUAUAUUUAAAAUUCACAAAAAAAGGAAAUAAGGGUACAGACACCAGGAUGACAUCAAUGCCUGGCAAGCACAAAUCAGGUAGAACUCUAUAUCCGCCUAGCAAUUCUUACGUAAGUGAUUACAAAUGUUUUAAUUGAUCAAAUUAAGAUCUGUAAAAGUUGAAAGAAUCAUAAUGAAAUAGAGUAUAUGUUGGUAAAUUUAAAAUCAAUAAAUUAUCACUAAAUGAAAUGAAAAUUAAGUUGAAAGUAGGAAAAUAAAGUUCCGGCGUCAUAGCGGCGAUGCGUUGACAAUGUACUGAAAUCCUGAGCAUUCAGGAGAAUCGCCGUGUAGUGUCCACAGCCUUGAAGGCUCUCUUUGGACAAAGACGACGUGGGCAAUCUCUAAAUCUCCUUGCGAAGUCUAGAGAUCAAUGAAAUGGGUCGUCGAAUCAUCUCUAGUGGCUGUUACCUAGUGGAGCGGAAAAACAAUGACUUUACGGCUCUCUAGUGGCUGUCACCUAACAAAGAAGAGCUAGAUGGAGGUGGGGUGCAUGUUAAGGAGCUUCAUCUUCAAGUUUGCGCAGCAAGAGGAGGCUCUUCAUCACAUCUGGUACGCUCUUAGGAGGUGGCGACUCGCCUCUCAACAGAUCAUCCUCUUCCAAACGACGGCUUAUUCGUCGAUCAAUCGGAGAUGAUUUACUCGAUGGAUUUGCGACCAUUUUAUCAUGAAUCCUUCAAAAAAUUUAGUAACAAUGCUCCACAAAUUACGUUGACAAGAUUUUUGCCAAUGAUUCAGUGAUUUUAGUUGCUUAAUCCUUCACCGACAAUCCACAAGAAAGUCACGAUAAUCAGAUAAAUAUAUGAGUUUUGGCUCUAGGAGGAUUCGAACCUAUGUCGAUUACCCACCUCUUCUGAGGAAGGUGAUGGGUUUAGUCCCACAUCAGUUGUGCGCUGAAUUUUUGGGCAAAUAUAUAGUAAUGUUACAUUUCUAAGUAAGUUUCUUUCUCAAACAUGUACGACCACUCCUUGCCCCACAGCUAACUAGCCACUAGUGACAUAGAAGGUGACGUGACUCAGUCGUUGUAUGUUAAAUCACGCAAAUUUAAAAUUUAUAAAACUAGAAAAUACGAAUUUUCGGAUAUUUAGAAGUAUUUCAAAAUAAAUAGAUCAAUUAUAAUUCAAUAAAAAUCUCAAAAAUAGUGGUAAUUUUCCAGGUCGAUCACAGGGAUGUAAUAUAAUAUCUGGUAAUUAUUCAGAAUUUUUCUCAAUGAGUACAAUUUUCUUACGAAUUUUAUACUAGGAAAUAAAAAGGAAAUAUAUUUAAAAUUCACAAAAAAGGAAAUAAGGGUGCGGACGUCAGGAUGACGUCAGCGCCCGGCGAACGCGAAUCAGGCGGAAACAGAGUUCCGCCCGGCGAUUCUUACGUAGGCGAUUACAGACGACUCAAUUAAUCAAAUUAAGAUCUGUAAAAGCCGGAAGAAUCGUAAUUGAACGAAGUAUAGUUUGGUAAAUAAAAAUCAACAAAGUAUCACUAAAUGAAGCGUAAAUUAAAUUGAAAGCAGGAAAACAGAGUUCCGGCGUCGCGACGGCGAUGCGUCGGCGAUGCACCGGAAUCCUGAGCGUUCGGGAGGAUCGUCGUGCAGUGUCCACGGCCUCGAAGGCUCUCCUUGGACAAAGACGACGUGGGCAAUCUCUAGAUAAAGUAGGAAAACAGAGUUCCGGCGUCGCGACGGCGACGCGUCGGCGAUGCACCGGAAUCCUGAGCGUUCGGGAGGGUCGUCGUGCAGUGUCCACGGCCUCGAAGGCUCUCCUUGGACAAAGACGACGUGGGCAAUCUCUAGAUAAAGCAGGAAAACAGAGUUCCGGCGUCGCGACGGCGACGCGUCGGCGAUGCACCGGAAUCCUGAGCGUUCGGGAGGGUCGUCGUGCAGUGUCCACGGCCUCGAAGGCUCUCCUUGGACAAAGACGACGUGGGCAAUCUCUAGAUCUUCUCGCGAAGUCUAGAGACCAAUGAAGUGGGUCGUCGAAUCGUCUCCGGCGGCUGUCACCCGGCGGAGCGGAAAAACGGCGACUUUGCGGCUCUCCGGCGGCUGUCACCCGACGGAGAGGGGCUGGAUGGAGGUGAGGCGCGUGUUAGGGAGCUUCAUCCUCAGGUCCGCGCAGCAAGAGGAGGCUCUUCAUCGCAUCUGGUACGCUCUCAGGAGGUGGCGACUGGUCUCCCGGCGGAUCGUCCUCUUCCCGACGACGGCUUGUUCGUCGAUCAAUCGGAGAUGAUUUACUCGAUGGAUUGCGAUCCUUUUAUCGCGAAUCGUUCAGAAAUUUUAGUAGCAAUGCUCCGCGAAUCGCGUUGACGAGAUUUUCGCCGAUGAUCUAGCGAUUCCGGUUGCUUAAUCCUUCACCGGCGAUCUGCAGGAAAGUCGCGAUAAUCAGUUAAAAAUAUAUGAAUUUUGACUCUGGGAGGAUUCGAACCCGCGGCGGUCGCCCGCCCAUUUAGUCCCACAUCGGUUGUGCGCGGAUUAUUCGGGCGAAUAUAUAGUAAAGUUAUCUUUUUAGGCAAAGUCCUCUCGCGUGUACGAUCACUCCUUGCCCCACAGCCGGCUGACCACCGGUGACAUGGAAGGGGAGUGGCGCACACGUGCCCCUAUCGAUCCAAGCAAGCCGCUCGAGCCCCUGCUCGCGGCUACUCCCCGACUGCGCUUCCGUCCCGCUUGCAGGCCCGGCUGGCCGGCGGAUCCCCCCAUUUUGCAAUAUUUUUAUUUUUAUUUCUUGUUCUUCAUUUAUCUCAAAACUAAGACUGUAAAAAUCGUAUAAAAUCACAUAAUUACCCAAAAAUUCACGUUAAUCAACUGAAAACCACUUUUCAUGCUUUAACACAAAUAUAAGUCUAUUUAUCAUGAGUUAAGGCUAAAACUAUAUUAUUUACUAAUUAUUAACUCAUGAUAAUGAAGACUUAUCAGAAGGGGAGUGGCACACACAUGCCUCUAUCGGUCUAAGCCACUCGAGCCUCUGCUUGUGGCUAUUCCUCGACUGCACUUCUAACCCGCUUGUGGGGGCCUGGCCAGCCGGCAGGUCCCCCACAUUUUGCUAUAUUUUUAUUUUAAUUUCUUUUCCUUCAUUUAUCUCAAAAGUAAGACUAUAAAAAUCAUAUAAAAUCACAUGAUUACCUAAAAAAUCACGUUAAUUAACUGAAAACUACUUUUUACACUUUAACACAAAUAUAAGUCUAUUUAUCAUGAGUUAAGGCUAAAACUAUAUUAUUUACUAAUUAUUAACUCAUGAUAAUGAAGACUUAUCACAUUUCUUUGAUAGAUUUUCAAUCAUUUCUUUGACCUAAUCAUACAUUUAGACCUCCUCAUCAACCACAACAUAAUGCUAAGCCCUCUUUUCAGUAAAAUACUCAUAAUUUCCAGCAAGGUACUCAUUAGCCACCAGUCCAAAAUUUCAUCCCUUCUUCCUCAAGUUCAAUCCCUAAUUUCAACCCACAAUCUCCUAAUUCAUAUCAAAAUCAAUCUUAUAUCAAUUCAAAUUCGAUGCAACAAUUUAUGGGACAAAUGAUGUAGUAAUUUCAAGAAAUAAAUACAUCUAUGAUGAAGAUGAUGGAGCAAAUUAGGUAAGAAAAUCAGAAAACUCUUAGGCUAGAAAAAGAGAUAGGUAAAGUAGCCUUGGCCGACUCAAAAUGCGAAACAGGUCAUCUUCCUAGUCAACCUAUUAUGAACCGAUGAAAUCAACCUUUUAAUAAUGAUGAACCAUCUACAUCUCAAGGUUUUGAAAAUGUAAAAGUAGUGACCACUUUGAGGAGUGGAAAACAACUCAAAGAUCCAUAUGCACCAGAUUUUUAGAAAAAUAGGUUCAUGAUGAUGAAGUGCAAAAUAAUGAUGAUAAUGACCAUGAUAGUUUAUUUUCUGAUGAUGAGAAUUUAGAGGAAGAAAAAUGAGAAUCAAAAGAAGAAAAAUCAGAAGUACCAUCCAUUUCUAUUUUAUCACAGCAAGAUGAACUUAAAAAAAUAGUCUCCUUUCCUAAGGCAUUAGAACCAAAACGUAGGAAAAGAGCUGAACCUAAUGAAGAGCUUAUGAAAAUAUUUAAAUAAUUUUAGGUCUCUAUUCCUUUGAUAGAUGCAAUCAAACAUAUACCUGCAUAUGCAAAAAUUUUAAAAGAAUUAUACACACCUUGUAGGUCACCUCGGAAGUUAUCUUUAUCUGAAGAGGCUAGUGUCAUUAUUUCUCAUUCUUUGCCUAAGAAAUUUAAGAAUCUAAGAGCACCUCUUAUCUCAUGUAAAGUGGGUGAAACUACAUUUAGAAAUGUGCUCUUAGAUUUGGGAGCAAGUGUUAAUUUAUUACCUUUGGCUGUUUUUGAAAUUUUAAAAUUAGGAGAACUAAAACCAACUUUAGUAGAACUUCAGCUAGCUAAUAUGUCUAUUAAAACACCUAAGGUUCUCCUAGAAGAUGUCAUUAUCCAAACUAAUUGAUCAACUUGCUGAACAUAAUUCAUUUCUUCUAUGCAUGAAUCAAUUACAUCAAUAUCUUCAUAAUUAUCAUUAUCUUCAUGUGGAAAUCUUGAAAUUUUAAAAACAUUUAAAGAGAUAUUUUGACCUUUAGAUUUCAUAUUUAUAAUCCUAUUUUUGGAAUCGAUAUUUGUUUUGUCUAUGACAAAAAAUAGGCACCCUAAUAUGAUUGGUACAUGAGUAAGAUCAUCUAAAAUAGGAAUAUCUAAAAUCAGAAAAUCUACUAGAAAACCUAAACUUUAUUUUUCUUACACCAAACUAAACUUAUGAUUAUCUCUACCUUAUUGACUGCUGAACAGGAAAAGAAAACAUUAGAGGUUUUACAAGAACAUAAGAAAGCAAUAGGGUGCACAAUGGCUGAUCUCAAGCGGAUCAGCCCAUCAAUUUGCAUGCAUGGAAUAUAUACAAAAGAUAAUUCAAAACCAUCAAGGGAAAUGCAAUGUAGGCUGAACCCAAACAUGAAAGAAGCGGUAAAGAAAGAAAUCAUCAAAUGGUUAGAUGCUAAUAUUAUUUACCCUAUUUAUGAUAGUCAAUGGGUUAGCCCAACACUAGUAGUUCACAAGACUCUCCACAGGAUGGAGAGUAUGCAUUGAUUACUGUAAGCUUAAUGCAAUGACAAGGAAAGAUUAUUUCUCUUUGUCAUUUAUUGAUCAAAUUUUAGAAAGACUUCCAGGUCAAAAAUAUUUUUAUUUCUUAGAUGAAUUUUAAGGAUAUAAUAAAAUAGAAAUAUUUCCAGAAGAUCAAGAGAAAACAACAUUCACAUGUCCAUUUGGAACAUAUACAUUUAAAUGCAUGCCCUUUGGUUUAUGCAAUGCACCUGUCACAUUUCAAAGAUACAUGAUGUCUAUAUUUACUAAAAUGAUUGGUGAUUUUUUAGAAGUCUUCAUGGAUGAUUUUUCAGUCUUUGGUGAUUCAUUUGAUAUAUAUCUAAAUAAUCUUAAGAAAGUACUUAAGAGAUGUGAAGAGACCAAUCCCAUUCUUAGUUGGGAGAGAACUCAUUUCAUGGUUAGAGAAGGUAUUAUUUUAAGACAUAUUGUGAGUGAAAGAGGAAUAGAAGUAGAUAGAGCAAAAAAAAAUUCUAUUAUUAGUUUACCUCCACCUACUUCUAUUUGUCAAAUUAGACCAUUUCUAGGACAUGCUAGUUUCUAUAGAAGAUUUAUCAAAGAUUUUUCAAAAAUUGCUAGACCUCUUACAGCCUUACUUGUUAAAGAUAUCACUUUUGAUUUUGAUGAAGCAUGUUUUGAGGCUUCUCUAUACUUCAAGCUAUUGACCAAGGCAACUAUUUUAUAGUCACCCACUUGGUCAAUUCCUUUUGAAAUCAUGUGUGAUGCUUCAAAUCAUGCAUUGGGUGUUGUUUUAGGACAACGAAUUAAUAAGAAACUAGUGGUAAUUUAUUAUGCAAGCAGAACAAUUUCCGAUGCACAAAUAAAUUAUACCACUAUGGAAAAAGAAUUACUUGCAGGUUUUUUUACCUUAGAAAAAUUUAGAUCUUAUAUCUUAGGAUCUAAAGUUAUUGUAUAUUCAAAUCACACAGCCCUAAGAUAUUUGUUGACUAAGAAAGAAACAAAACCACAUCUACUUAGAUGGAUCUUAUUAUUUCAACAAUUUAACUUAGAGAUUCGAGAUAAGAAAGGUGUAGAAAACGUGGAAGCUGACCAUUUGUCUAGAAUUGAAGGGCAAGAAAGGUUGGAUUAAAUGAUUUAUUUCCUGAUGAAAUAUUCUUGCCUUGCAUAGUAAGCUCACACCAUGGUAUGCACAUAUAGUUAAUUAUUUAGCAAUUAGCAAAAUCCCAUCUCAUUGGCAAAAGGAUGGACGCGAACAAUUCUUUGCUUGGAAUGACCCUAAUCUAUUUCAUCUAGGAUCAGAUCAAAUUUUAUGAAGAUGCAUUCCUAAAGAAGAAAAUUUUCAAAUUUUAGAACAUUGUCAUUCUUAUGAAUGUGGGGUCAUUUCGCAAGAAAGAAAAUAGCAGUAAAAAUUUUACAAUGUGGUUUCUAUUGGCCAUCUUUAUUUAAAGAUGCUCACAUAUUUUUUAGGCAAUGUAUCAAAUGUCAAGUUGUCAUUAAUAUUAAAAAAAGGAAAUGCAAUACCUUUAAAAUUAGUAAUUGUUGUUGAAAUUUUUGAUAUUUGGGGCAUUGAUUUUAUGGGACCCUUUCCUUCAUCUCAAGGCUAUGAAUAUAUUUUGUUAGCUAUUGAUUAUGUGUCAAAGUGGGUAGAAGCUACUCCAACAAGGACAAAUGAUCAUAAAGUAGUUAUCCAAUUUGUUCAAAGUAAUAUUUUUACACGAUUUAGAUGUCUUAAAGUAAUAAUUAGUGAUGGGGAACUAAUUUCACUAAUCAUCACUUUAGGAUGUUACUUAGAAAAUAUGAUGUUAAUCAUAUGAUAGCUACCUAAUGUCUUCAUUAUCAUGAGUUAAUAAUUAAAAAAAAUAUAGUUUUAGACUUUACUCAUGAUAAAUAAACUUAUAUUUGUGUUAAAGUAUUAAAAGUAGUUUUUAGUUGACUAACGUGAAAUUUUAAUAAUUAUGUGAUUUUUUACGAAUUUAUAUGAUUUUUAUAAUCUUAUUUUUGAGAUAAAUAAAGAAAGAAAUAAAAUUAAAAUAUAGAAAAAUGGGGGGGACCUGCCGACCAGCCAGGCCUACAAGCGGGUCGAAAGCACAGUCAAGGGGAGCCGUUAGUAGGGGCUUGAGUGGGUAAGACUGAUGGGGGCACAUGUGUGCCACUCUCCUUCUAUGUCACCGAUGGCCAACCAAUUGUGAGACAAGGAGUGGUCAUACACGCAAGAGAAAAUGACUCAUUGCUUGUAAAUGUGAUAUUACUAUAUAUUCACCUAAAAAUUCAGAGCGCAAGCGAUGUGGAACUAAACCCGCAUCACACCUUCUCCUAAAAGGCUUUGAAGAUUUUAAUACCUACACUAUCCCUUCGUUAUAAUAGAGAUAUAUCAUAAUGACUAAUAAAUCUUUAUUAUCAUGAGUUAAUAAUUAUUAAAUAAUAUAGUUUUAGCCUUAACUCAUGAUAAAUAGACUUAUAUUUAUGUUAAAGUGUGAAAAAUGGUUUUCAAUUGAUUAACGUGAAUUUUUAGGUAAUUAUGUGAUUUUAUAUGAUUUUUACAGUCUUACUUUUGAGAUAAAUGAAGAACAAGAAAUGAAAAUAAAAAUAUUACAAAAUGGGGGGACCUGUCAACUAGCCGGGCCCGCAAGUAAGUCGGAAGCAGGUUAGAAGUGCAGUCCGGGAGUAGCCACGAGCUGGGGCUCGAGCGGCUUGGCUUGGACCGCUAGGGGCACAUGUGCACCACUCCCCUUCCACGUCACCAGUGGCCAGCCGGUGUGGGGUAAGGAGUGGUCGUACACGCAAGAGAAAGGACUUUGCUUAGAAAUCUAACAUUACUAUAUAUUCACCCGAAAAAUCAGCGCACAACUGAUGUGGGACUAAACCUACAUCACACCUUCCACAGAAGAGGCAGGCAACCAGCACGGGUUCAAAUCCUCCUAGAGUCAAAAUUCAUAUAUUUUUAUCUGAUUAUCAUGACUUUCCUGCAGAUUGCUAAUGAAGGAUUAAGCAAUGAGAAUCAUUGAAUCAUCGGCAAAAAUCUUGUCAACUUGAUUCACGGAGCAUUGCUACUAAAAUUGCUGACGUAUGCACCCUUAUUUCCUUUUUUCGUGAAUAUUAAAUAUAUUUUCUUUUCAUUUCUUAGUAUAAAAUUCAUAUAAAAUAGUAUUCAUUGAGAAAAAUUCUGAAUAAUUACCAAAUAUUAUAUUACAUAUCUAUGAUUGACUUGGAAAAUUAUUAUUAUUAUUGAAAGUUUUAUUAAAUUAUAAUUGAUAUAUUUAUUCAGAAAUACUUCUAAAUAUCUAAAAAUUUGUAUUUUCUAGUUUUAUAAAUUUUAUAUUUGCGUGAUUUAAUAUACAACGACUGAGUCACGUUAGUGACGUCACUUGAUAAGAGCAUUAGAGUACUUAUUUCAAUCUCUCUCAUACAAGUAGGCAACUGGCGUGAAUUCUAAUCCUUCUAGAACUAAAACUCAUAUUUUUAUCUAGUUAUUAUGACUUUCUUGUAGAUCAUUGGUGAAAGAUUAAACCACUAGAAUUGUUGGUUCAUCGGUGAAAAUCUUGUCAACGUGAUUUGUAAAGCAUUAAUAUUAAAAUUUAUGAAUGAUUCACGAUAAAAAGAUCACAAAUCCAUCAAGUAAAUCAUCUCUAAUUGAUUGACGAACAAGCGUCAUCAGAAAGAGAAUGGUCUCCCAUGAGACGAGUCCCUACCUCUUAAGAGUGUAUUAGAUGUGAUGAAGAGCCUCUAACGUGACUUAGUUGUUGUAUGUUAAAUCACGCAAAUUUAAAAUUUAUAAAAUUAGAAAAUAUGAAUUUUUAGAUAUUUAAAAGUAUUUUUGAACAAAUAUAUUAAUUAUAAUUUAAUAAAACUUCUAAAAAUAGUGGUAAUUUUCUAAGUCAAUCAAGGGAUGAAAUAUAAUAUCUAGUAAUUAUUCAGAAUUUUCCUCAAAGAAUACUAUUUUCUAUGAAUUUUAUACUAAGAAAUGAAAAGGAAAUAUAUUUAAAAUUCACAAAAAAAGAAAAUAAGGGUGCAGAUGUUAGGAUGAUGUCAGCACUCAACGAUUCUUACAUAGGUGAUUACAAAUGAUUUAAUUAAUCAAAUUAAGAUCUGUAAAAGCCAAAAGAAUUAUAAGUGAACAAAGUAUACUUUGGUAAAUUAAAAUCACAUAAAUUAUCACUAAAUACAACAUAAAGUAAGUUGAAAGUAGGAAAACAAAGUUCUAGCAUCGCGAUAGUGAUGCAUCGGCGAUACACCAGAAUCUUGAGCAUUCGGGAGGAUCAUCGUGCAGUGUCUAUGUCCUCAAAGGCUUUCCUUGGACAAAGACAACGUGAACAAUCUCUAGAUCUCCUUGUGAAGUCUAAAGAUUAAUGAAAUGGGUCGUCAAAUCGUCUCUGGUGGCUAUCACCCAAUAGAGCAGAAACGACGACUUUGCAGCUCUUUGAUGACUGUCACCCGACAGAGAGGAGCUAGAUGGAGGUGGGGCGUGUGUUAGGGAGCUUCAUCCUUAGGACCACGUAGCAAGAGGAGGCUCUUCAUCUCAUCUGAUAUGCUCUAAAGAGGUGGCGACUUGUCUCCCAGCAGAUCAUCCUCUUCCCGAUAAUGACUUGUUCGUCGAUCAAUCGGAGAUGAUUUACUCAAUGGAUUUGUGAUCCUUUUAUUGCAAAUCCUUCAAUAAUUUUAGUAACAAUGCUCCGCGAAUCGCAUUGACGAGAUUUUUGCUGAUGAUCUAGCGAUUCUAGUUGCUUAAUCUUUCAUCGGCGAUCUACAAGAAAGUCGCAAUAAUCAGAUAAAAAUAUAUGACUUUUGGCUCUAGGAGGAUUCAAACCUAUGCCGGUUGCCCACCCCCCCUUUUGGGGAAGGUGUGACGUGGGUUUAGUCCCACAUCAAUUGUGUGCCAAAUUUUUAGGCGAAUAUAUAGUAAUGUUACAUCUCAAAGCAAGUCCCUUCUCACACGUGUAUGACCACUCCUUGCCCCAUAGUCGGUUGGCCAUUGAUGAUGUGGAAGGGGAGUGA